AUACACAGCUCCCCAUAGAUCCUGGUUCUUGUGCCCCAGUCUCUACAAGAGAAUAGGGCGGGGCGUAGGAGGAAAGAGAGAGGGUGAAUGCAGUCUCUGUCUUACAGUGUGUGAACGUUUCGUCCCCAAAUGAUGGCCAAUGCCGCGGUCUCUCCAUCCAUUUCGCCAACGCGCCGAGGAUAUUAACGGCAAUUGAUGCGUCGACUCAUAUGUUUUGGAAAUGAUUCGUAUCGACGUUCUUUGAUACCAAAACAUUAUGCUAUCCUAGAACUGUCCACAGUCAGACGUCGGUUCGGUGAACCAGCUGUGUGAGUGGUGACUAUUGUGAGCCCGGGGUCGGGUGAUAGCGCUAUCGGUCUGAUGCUGCAGAAAAUUCGCCAUUGUUUGGAUGAGCAAGUCGCUGGCCAAAGCUGAGAAUAAAAGACUUGUCUGAACCCCUUAAAUUGAAAGCUACCAUGCUCUCAGCGCUGCUUUAUCCGAUAUAUCUUCUAUGCUGUAUUCAGAGUGCUACAUCCUUCCAGGUGACGGUACGAGAUGAGGACUGGAUCGUGGCGGCGCUGGAACCUUCCGACCUGCAGGAGAACGCCACGGCCUACGCCGCCCGGGUCACGGGACAGCCCCAGAGGACACAGCUAGUCCAGUACCAGAACCUGAGCGACCCGGCGCCACUGGUCUUCAACGCCUCCCACCGCGGGAUGUGCUACACCGUGGGCUUGCUGGUCAAAGAGGGCAAGGCGUGGUCCAAACCAGUCAAGAUUGUAGCCAUCCUCACAAAGCCUCUUCCUGUGGACAGCGUGCUGAUCUCAGACUACAGGGAGUCCCCAGAGACUGGGGUGGUGUUUGAGAUCGCCUCCCCGCCCAACAACGUCUUCAGCAGGGUCAACAUCAGCUACACGGAGGGGAAGGAGCAACGCUCUAUGCUCUACAAAGAUUUCUACAAGGGGAAGACGGUGUUCAAACACUGGUUGCCGGGGACGUGCUACAGCAACAUCACCUUCCGCCUGAUCUCGGAGGCUACGGUCAACAGGAGCACGCUGGCGCGCCGCAGCGACGUCACCCACGAGCCGCGCCACCACAGGACGGUGCCCAACCCUCCCCUCAACAUCUCCCGCAAGAUCGUCCACCUCAACCAGAGAGGGCUCGCCAGCAGCGUGCUCCCCGACGCCACGCCUUUUCCGUCCCGCAAGGCCCGAGACGUCCCCCUCAUCGAGGAGCAGCAGCAGGAGGAGGAGGAGACCCGGGUGGGCGGGGAGGAAGUGACCUCGGAGGAAGCGCUGGGCGGGACCGUAGCCACGCGGCUUCUCUACAACCUCGGCGACAGCGUCGCCAACGGCACGGACGGCAGCGCGAAAGCGGGCGUCAACGACACGGCCGAGGAGGAGAGCGUCACUCGGCCCUAUUGGCCGGAUCCGACGGGAAGCCCGCCCCCUACGGAGGACGAGUUUGUCAACGCGGUGGUGACGGAGUACGAGGACUCCAACGAGCCGGGGUCGGCCAUGGGGCUGGCCCCGGAGCCGUCCGUCACCCCCACCCGCCUGCCGCCCAUCCUGUUGGAGCUGCGCUGGCUGCCCCCCCACCCCCCCACCUCCUACGACGGCUUCAACAUCUACUUGUACCGCGAUGGUAACUCCACAGAGACAGCUACGGUGGACGAGAACACCCACGAGUUCUUCACUGAGCUGACGGAGCCGGGAAUUUACCGGGUUCUAGUGACCACGCUUAGUUCCUCUGGGGACUGUGAGCCCAGAGAGAGCAAUGCUAACACUGGCUUCACCUUCUACCUCAGUCCGAGCGGGGAGUGGCUGGAGCAGCCCCGUGAGCGCCCCCUGGCGGUCAGUGUGAGGAUGCUGGGCUCCAGCACGGCGGCCGCGGUGUCCUGGGGCUCCUCCGCCGAGAGCCACAACGGCAGCCUGGUGUCCGUCCUCUCCCUCACCUGCCUCAAGCCCAGCCUCAGCCAGCGCAUGGAGACCACCUACUGCAGCGAGGAGAACACCACCAGCGACAUCAUCAACAACCUGACCCCAGGGGCUCAGUAUAGGGUGGUGGUCUACCACACCAACGGACCCCUCGUCAGCCCCCCCUCCGAACCCGUCAUCAUCGACAUAGAGCUAACAGGAGUGCGGGAGCUGGUGGUGUACCCGCUGAGCCCUACGGCGGUUAUUCUGAGCUGGCAGAGGCGGUACCAUGUAGCCUUCCGCAAGUACAUCCUGCAGACGUUCUUCUUCAACCCCGUCACCCUGGCUUCAGAGUGGACCACCUACUAUGAGAUCGCCGCCACCGGCUCCGUGGUCGCCUCCAUGAGAGUGACAGAUCUGCUGCCCGCCUGGUACUAUAGUUUCCGGGUUACCAUGGUGACUUGGGGUGACCCGCCGCUCAGUUGCUGCGACAGCCCCACAGUGAGCUACAUCACAGCCCCAGAGGCCCCCCACAUCACCUCCGUGGACUACUCCCAGGGCGUCCUGUACGUGCGCUGGACCUAUGGCGAGCUCUUCAUCGACCUGUCUCACUCCAGGAUGCUCCACUGGCAGGUGGUCGCCCAGGGCAAGAAGGGCCCCAAGAAGAACUACUCCAUCGAUGUGACUCGCAACGUGAUGCGGGCCAGCAUGCCCCUGCCGGCUGGAGAUAUCUACAGUCUGACUGUGACGGCAUGCACCGAGCACAGGAGGAACACCUCUGUGCCCAACAUCAUCAAACUGGAGCCUGCACCACCCAAGUCUCUGUAUGCUGUGAACGCCACCCACUCGUCUGUGACCUUGCUGUGGACUGAGGAUGGGGUGGUAGACUCCUACCAGAUCCUCUGCAAGAUCCUGGGACCCAACAAAGAGCUCAAGGCUCGUGAGCCCCAGACUGCCCAGUCCCACGUGGUAACAGUGCUAGGCUUGCUGCCCUCUGUCUCCUACAACUGCACUGUGACCAGCUUCAGCUACAACACCCCCAGCAAACCAGCCUUCAUCACCAUCACGACUGUGGCUAAAGAGAUGAACCCAAGCGUGGCAGCCAUCUCGGCUCUGGCCAUCCUGAGUGUCCUCCUCAUCAGUCUCCUGGUCCUCUUCCUCCUGGUGCUGCGUCGAAAGCAUCUCCAGAUGGCCAGAGAGUGUGGAGCCGAAACCUUCGUGAAUUUUGCUUCUUUCGAGAGAGAUGGGAAACUCCCCUACAACUGGCGAAGAAGCCUGUUUGCCUUCCUUACCCUACUGCCAUCCUGCCUUUGGACUGACUAUCUUUUGGCUUUUUAUAUUAAUCCUUGGAGCAAGACUGCUUUAAAGAAACGGAAGCUUACAAGCUUGGUCCAACUGGAUGACUUUGACGCCUACCUGAAGGAAAUGAGCAAGGACUCUGCUUACAAGUUCUCCUUGCAGUUUGAGGAGCUGAAGAGUGUGGGACUGGACCUGUCCCAUGAUGCAGCUGACCUGCCCAUCAACAGGCCCAAGAAUCGCUACACCAACAUCCUCCCCUACGACUUCAGCCGGGUGAAGCUGUUCUCGAUGCACAACGACGAGGGCUCCGACUACAUCAACGCCAACUACAUACCGGGUUACAAGUCCCCCACGGAGUACAUCGCCACCCAGGGUCCCCUCCCGGAGACGAGGAACGACUUCUGGAAGAUGGUGCUCCAGCAGAAGUCCCACAUCAUCGUCAUGCUGACACAGUGCAACGAGAGGCGGAGGGUGAAGUGUGACCACUACUGGCCGUUCACGGACGAGCCGGUGUUGUAUGGAGAGAUCAGCGUGGAGAUGAUGUCUGAGACGGAGUCUCCAGAGUGGACCAUCAGGAACUUCAGACUUGGCUACGCUGACGAGUCUCAGGACGUGCUGCACCUGAACUACACGUCCUGGCCCGACCACGGCGUGCCCACGGUCAACGCCAUCGAGAGCAUCCUGCAGUUCGUCCACAUUGUGCGCCAGCAGGCCAACAGGACCAAAGACCCCAUCAUAGUGCACUGCAGCGCUGGCGUGGGGAGGACGGGGACCUUCAUCGCUCUGGAUCGUCUGAUGCAGCACAUACGGGAGCAUGAGUUUGCGGACAUCCUGGGCAUGGUGUCUGAGAUGCGCUCCAAUCGUCUCUCCAUGGUGCAGACCGAGGAGCAGUACGUGUUCAUCCACCAGUGCGUCAUGCUGAUGUGGAAGAAGAAGAAGCUGCAGUCCAUCACCAGCGACGUCAUCUACGAGAACGUCAGCAAGACCUAAAGACGCCGGUCCUACCCGACGCUGGGAAUACACACUCAACCUCCUGUGCUUGGGGCAUCCGUUUUCUGCACCGAGAUCCGCUUCGUCAUCAAGACCAAAAAAAGCAAACAAACAUGACAAAAAUACAAGAAAACACAAGAAGAAAAUGGAUUACGUUUUUCAUUUGAAUUGGUCAAAGCAUUGGGAUGGAACAUUGCCUUAAGGAGUCUUCACUGACUGGCCAUUUAUUCAACCACUUUCAAGGUCAUUUUAUCCCCCACUCAACCUAACUGGCCAGGAGGAUGUGAGGUAGGAGGGUGCUGGGGUUGUAGCGCAUCAUGCCUUUCCCUCCUGAGCGAAUGGAAUGUCUUUGACCACAGACCCUCUUUGCAAGGGAGACUCCCUCCCUUCAGAAAACAAGAGGUCACAAAAUGGCUGAACUGGUGGUCAAUUGGUCUGUCUGUCAGCAACUAUCAUUUGUUUUUUAUUUUAUUUUUUUAUCUCAGGAUUAUAGCUGGAAACCAGCAAGCACACAGGCCUACCCCCCCCCCCCCCCCCCCCCCCCCCCCCCCCCCCCCCCCCCCCCCCCACUGCCAUUGGUACACUGUUGACACGUGUGCUUGAGAGUCGUUUUCCAGGUUUGUACUUUGGCUGUUUUAACGCAUUCAUCGUCAGCGGGCCCUUUUUGCCGUUCACGUAGUCGUCACCCUGUAGUCGUACUCACUUUUCACUCAUUUGUUCUGUGGCUAAAAGGCUUCGGUUCAGAGUACCCUGACACGAUAGCCCGGUGUCAACACUAGCUACGAUACACUGCCACCGGACCUGGGGACAUGUUGUUGUCGGACAUGUUUGUGUUAUUGCGGUAACUUCUGCAUACACUUCUCAAAGGCUACCACCUUAGCAUGUUAGCAAUGUACAGUACCGUUGGCUACUCCGGCUCUGAGGAAACAACCAGGAGAGCGGGUUGGGAGAAGAAGGGAGCGAGGGCACAAGGGACAGUUGGAGGGGCUUUGCGUCUGGGGGGGAGGGAGGGCAGUGACCCGCCCCAUGCCUACCAUCGACUGGACGGGAACUAGGUAUGGUUUGUGAAGAGGCCAGUUUAGAAGCUGUAGAGACUGUGUGGUUCUGUUGUGGAUCUAUUGUUGUAUUUUGCACUGAGGCCUUGGACUGCCUGCCUGCCUGCCUGCCUGCCAGCCAUGCGUGGAGAGAAGAGAGGAGGGGAGAGACGGAGGGUCGGCCUGCCCUCACUUCCUGUGGCUGCUGCUGCUGACUGUGGAAACUACUGUUUUAUCUGUGUACUGUAUCGUCCAACUCGGCCUGGGUUUGCUCCCAGGGGAAGUCUGAGUCACUGGUGGGGGACAUUGUUGUAAGUGAUACAGUGGUUCAACUCUCAUUCAAGACUUGUUUACCAGGCUGUCGUUGCAUUAGCUGCAAUCAUAUGUUUAGCGGUGAGAGGAUGCAUUUUUGGGAUUGGUGCGUAUAGUAUCAAAGCACUUUUGUGUUGACCUUGAGAGCAGUCAGUUUGACAAAGAAACCCAGACUUGACAUCGGCUACAAUGCAUCCGAUUAUCUCUAUUGACGAUUCAAAAGGUAAAGAAUUGAAUAUCUUGCGAAAAUCUGAAUGCUUAGCAUAUCUUUUUUUUCCCACCCCUUCUCACAAGCAUAUCAUUCGGUUAUGAAUCAGGUGUUCCAUUCUCCAUAUGAACCACAGUGCUUGCUAGUUCCGUAGAAUUCAUGAUGCUCUUGGUUAUUCUUAGAUGGGGGUUCAUCCACACCAUCAUCCACACUUUGGGGUGCAGGUCUGUGGCGGGAAGGAGAAAUUGUAAGGGAAAAAAAACAACAUUUCACCUACAGUACACUGAUAUCAGUAUUUAGAUUGGUGUCCUAAGCAUGAUGAAUAUGGCAAAGUGAUGUAAAUGGGUAAAUACAUGCUGACCAGUAUUCAUCACUGUAGUUAGCAUUCUGAUAUACUGUAAGACAAUAGCACUUUAAGCAGAAGUGCUGUCCAAGUUAUUAAUAGAGGAUUUUAGGAUAUAAAUCGUACAAGGUACCCUACAUUGGACUGUCCAGUGUUCACUUAGAGGGGAAUAUAGUGUUCUUUUCAAACUUUUAGGGGGGACAUUGCACAGUUUACAGAUGUAAAAUCUAGCAGAACAGAGACCACUCAACAUAGGUUACAUUUCACAGCAAGGUAUCAAAUGUACUGUACAUACUACUUACUGUGUAACUAAAAUGUUUCUACAUGUUAUUACAAAGUAAUUCUUGUGGAAAUGACUGUCGCUUUGUUUCAUUUUUUUCCCCUAAACUGUUGUAAAUGUAAACGAGCAUAACAUAAACCCAGACCCAUUUAAGUUAUUGUUUUUGGCAUAACACGGUACUUUGUUGGGGCUUACGUAUUUCUAUGAGCGGCUGGGUAUUGUUUUUAGUGUUAGCCCAGCAUUCGAAGUGCAUCCUCAACAAUUCUGUGUCAGAUUCUGUUGAGACACCUAGAUGUGGACUUGGAAAGCACGGCUGUAGCCGGAGAAACGCACUUUGGCAUGCUUGUCGGAGCUGACCGAAAAUACAGACAUUUCCGUUAGCUAGGUAGCCUACUGUACACGUUUUACAAUUUUCUCUUGCUCAGUGUGUGUCCAGUCAGAACAUGUUUGUCAUUGGUGCCAUUCUUGUGCAUUGUGUCACUUAAAGUAGAGGGGCGAUCUCGUGUUUCGAUCGUCGUCACUGAGUUGUGUGCGUGUGUUGGAAAAAAUAAAAUGUUGCAAUAUCAAUUCGAGAGAAUUAC